AUGGCGCGAAAUAUUACGGGUAUUGUGACGCUCCACAAUAACCCACCGGGUAUUGUGACUCUCCACAAUAACCCACCGGGUAUUGUGACUCUCCACAAUAACCCACCGGGUAUUGUGACGCUCCACAAUAACCCACCGGGUAUUGUGACGCUCCACAAUAACCCACCGGGUAUUGUGACGCUCCACAAUAACCCACCGGGUAUUGUGACUCUCCACAAUAACCCACCGGGUAUUGUGACGCUCCACAAUAACCCACCGGGUAUUGUGACUCUCCACAAUAACCCACCGGGUAUUGUGACGCUCCACAAUAACCCACCGGGUAUUGUGACGCUCCACAAUAACCCACCGGGUAUUGUCACGCUCCACAAUAACCCACCGGGUAUUGUGACGCUCCACAAUAACCCACCGGGUAUUGUCACGCUCCACAAUAACCCACCGGGUAUUGUGACUCUCCACAAUAACCCACCGGGUAUUGUGACGCUCCACAAUAACCCACCGGGUAUUGUGACGCUCCACAAUAACCCACCGGGUAUUGUCACGCUCCACAAUAACCCACCGGGUAUUGUGACGCUCCACAAUAACCCACCGGGUAUUGUGACGCUCCACAAUAACCCACCGGGUAUUGUGACUCUCCACAAUAACCCACCGAGUAUUGUGACUCUCCACAAUAACCCACCGGGUAUUGUGACGCUCCACAAUAACCCACCGGGUCUUGUGACUCUCCACAAUAACCCACCGGGUAUUGUGACUCUCCACAAUAACCCACCGAGUAUUGUGACUCUCCACAAUAACCCACCGGGUAUUGUGACUCUCCACAAUAACCCACCGGGUAUUGUGACUCUCCACAAUAACCCACCGAGUAUUGUGACGCUCCACAAUAACCCACCGAGUAUUGUGACUCUCCACAAUAACCCACCGAGUAUUGUGACUCUCCACAAUAACCCACCGGGUAUUGUGACGCUCCACAAUAACCCACCGGGUAUUGUGACUCUCCACAAUAACCCACCGGGUAUUGUCACGCUCCACAAUAACCCACCGAGUAUUGUGACUCUCCACAAUAACCCACCGGGUAUUGUGACUCUCCACAAUAACCCACCGGGUAUUGUCACGCUCCACAAUAACCCACCGGGUAUUGUGACUCUCCACAAUAACCCACCGGGUAUUGUGACUCCACAAUAA